UUGUAUGUGGUGCAUGACUAAAUAGAUGUUGUGAUCAAUUUGUCUUCCUUGUGUAAAAUACAAAAAAAGUAGAAAACCACAGGUAAAACUUUGCUUAUAUGUGACGCAGUGUUGCAAAAUUAUCUGGAUAAUAAGACACAAAUGACGGACCGAGCAGGUUACGACCAACCAGGGGAUGGAUACACUGACAAGUACCCAAGGUACAGGGAAGAGGAACCACCGCCUUACCAGUUUGUAGGAACACAACAACCAGUAGACUUUGUUCAUACGCCUUUUUCUCAUCAGCCAUACGUGGUUUCGGAUCAACCACAACAUGAUCGAACACUGAUAAUUCAGACACGACCUCCAAAUUAUAUGAUACCGUCAAUUCUUGCAUGCCUUUGUUGUUUCUGGCCAACAGGACUGUGUGCAAUUUACUACGCAAACGAGGCUAAUAAUAUGGCCCUAGCUGGAGACUACGUAGGCGCCAUAAGAAUGGCAAACAUCUCAAGAAACAUGAUGGUUUUCAGUGUUGUCGUAGGUAUCUUCUGGAUAACUGUUCUGAUAGUUAUAAAUGCCGUCUAACAACGUGCCACAACGUUCAUCAGACGUGAACGGGAUUCAUGUAGAGAUCAGUUUGCGAAUACAGCCUUGCCAUUGGUCAAUUUUAAAAUUGUGGUCUUUGCUAUAGAUUUUAUUUUAGAUUGUGUUUGUUUCAUAAUAAUGUUAAGAAACAACAAAUCAAAUACUGACGUUUACAUAAAUCAUCAAAAUAUUAUUAUUAUGGAACUUAGUGCUAGUAUUACACCUGCUGUCUUGACAAAUUCAAUGCAAAUGCCUCGUUAUAGUUAUAUAUUAUAAAUAUUGUAUUGUACCUCAUAAUGUCAUGUUAUCGUGAAUUGAGAGAAAUAAACGAAUUGAAUUGAA